UCUUGGGUCGACCAUCUCUGUGUGUUCGUGACCGACGACCGUAUGCCUCGUCAAGUUUGCCCGCGUAUACCGGUUAUGCAGUUUUUCACGCGUGCACAGUAACAAUAAUUGAAAUUUACGUUCACGUCGUCCUAUCCGUGCAUUUUCUGCGACUCGAGGACUGUGAGCUGAGCUCGAGGACAUCGACUUGCGAAGGUAGCAGUCGAUUAUUUUGGGAAAUCGAUCAAGAUGGCCGAUGUAUCGGAGGAAGUGCCGAUCAAGGACGCCGCGACGGCAAUUUCUCAGGGCAAACGUCACCUUUUGGUACGCGAUUACCACCUUGCAGUAACCGUCCUGGCUCGUGCCUGUGAACUUCUCGCUGAGAAACAUGGAGAAACCGGUGACGAGCUGGGUGAACUUUAUUUACUUUAUGGACGAGCCCUUUUGGGCUUGGCACGCGAGGAGGCAGGAGUACUGGGAGGUGGAGUGCCAGGAUCCGAAGAAGCCAGUCAGGACGAACAAGGUGAAGAGGAGGAAGAAGAAGAAAACGAGGAGGGAGCUGCAACGGAAGUCGAUCAAGCCGCGGGAAGUAGCGCUUGCACAUCAAACAGCAAGGAAGAUGAUAAGCAAAAGACAAUGGAGAAAGAGGAUGAAGAUUUGAAGGACACAAAAACUGAAAAGAAUGAAAAGACGGAAGAAUCUGAUAAAACAGAAAAGACGGGAGAAUCCGAUAAAACGGAAAAAACAGAAGAAUCCAGUAAAACGGAAGAAUCUGAUAAAACGGUUGAUAGUAAGAUUGAACAGAAGAAGCAGAGGGAAGAAAUUCCUGGAUGUAGUCGAGAUUUUGAUCUGCGCAAUGGCGAAGCUUCGGGUAGUGGCAUGAAUAGAAAAGGAGAAGAGAAUGGAGAGGCGGACGAAGAAGAUGUAGAUAAGGAAAAUGAUGAAGACGAAAUCAACAAUCUACAGAUUGCUUGGGAAGUAUUGGAAUUGGCGAAACUGGUGCUAGUGAAACGUGGACCUCCAGGCUGGAAAUUCUUAGCUGAGGCAUACCGCCUUCUGGGUGAAGUCGCGAUGGAGGGUAGUAACCACGAGAGCGCAUUAAUCGACUUUAAUGCUUGCCUGAACCUAUUGGAAAAGAUGACUCCUCGCGACCAUCGCGCGAUCGCCGAAAUUCACUAUCAGCUCGGAUUGGCACACGCGAUGGCGAACAACUUUGACAUCAGCGUCGAACAAUUCAAUCAGGCGUCUGCGCUGCUGGAAGCAAAGAUCGUGCAUUUGAAAAGUUUACAGGAUAAUCCGCCUCAAUCCGACGAUCCCUUUUACACUGUCGAAGGCGAGAUCAAGGAGCUGCAGGAACUUCUUCCAGAAAUUCAGGAAAAAAUCGCAGAUAUCAACGAUUUGAAGAAAGAAGCCAAUGUACUCAAAGAGAUUAAAGAGGAGAGAUUGAACGGAACCUCUAGUGAUGCUGAAGCGAAUGAGGCUUCUGGAAGUGGUAGUGGUAGUAGUACAUCCAAACCUGCUAGUGAUAUUUCGCAUCUGGUAAGAAAAAAGCGCAAAGCGGAAGAUGAAGAGGAGACUGGUUCUUCUUGCAAAAAACCAAUGCAGGAAAAGGACGUAGCGUGAGAAGUGCGAGUAGCUGUUUUUCAGAUUAAUCUGAACUUUGGUAAAACUAAGAAAUGUUGAUAUUUUUCUCGAUAAUAUAGGAGAAGUAUUUGCUGAUGUAUAAAAAUUCGGUGUUUUCUACAGAAAUGACAAUCCACCACGGUGAAUUUAUUUCCAGUGUAGAUAUCGAUAGAAAUAAUCUUAGACUGUCAGCAGCAUAAAUAAUAUAUGUUCGAAAUCUAUUAUGUAAAAUCGCCUCAUGAUGUUGUAAACUAAAUAGAACCGUUUUAUAAUUGCAGUAUGCCAUCAAGAAAAAUAACAAAUAUUUUUCUUGAAAAUGGAAAGUAUUUAUUGCUGUAUAUUGUUUUCUUACGAAGAUUGAUCAAGUAUUCUCAACAUUCCUAGUAUCUAAAUAAUUGUCAGAAUUUAUCAGAAGUUAAUAUUCAUAUUCUUUAGUUUAUAUUUAAAGUGUCUCUUGUGAUAUCAUAAGUUAAUUUGAAUUUUAUGACUAACAAUUACCAUCAAUGAUAUUUGAGGAAUGUGUUUAAUAUUAGAGUUUGUAAAAGGUGUUUUUAAAAUAUUAUCUAAAUUAUCUAAUUCAAUUAUUCGAUAGUAGAAUUUGAAAGAAUACUUCUAGUAACAUUUUUUCUCGUAUUAAAUAGAUCUGUCAUAAUUUAUUAUUAGAUAAAUUCUCUUGUAUUAAAAUAUAUUAAAUUUUUUUAAUUCGUCCAAUGUUAGAAGAGUUUGAAGUUCUAUAAACUUUAAAACUUUUGAGUAAAAUUUGACAUAAUUUAAAAGUAUUUAGUGCAUACUUCUGAUUAUACAAUUUUAGAUUUUCGUAAAGAAGAAAAAAUUUUAGAAUCAAUUUUUUAUUUUUUUCAGUUUUAUUAAAAAUAAAUUAGCUUUUUUUUAAUUUAUCGUUUUAAUAUUUGAUUUAUACUCCAGCAAAUACGUUGAUAUGUUAAAGAUAUAGGGAAAACUCGUAUUGUGUUUUAUUCAAUGAUAAUUGGUUUGCAACGGUUGAGUUCUUGAGAAUGGUGUGUGCGUGCGAAUAUAUUUUUUGAUUUCAAGACAUCAGAGAAGCUAUUGUGCAGCUGUAUAUGGUUUUUUUUUUUUAUUAGAAUAGUUGAUCUACUCUGGAUAUUUCAACAGUGCUCGAAAUGAUUAUGGGAAUCUUUUGCGAACGAACAGUCUACUCCAAACAUGGCUUUGCGCUCAGAUUUCUUUACGUAACUCGAGAAGAUACCACUACCGUACAACACUAGUAAACUUUGAAAAAGUUUCAGAGACUCGCGCGUUUCCCCAACCCAACAUGGUUUUACAAUAGAUCCCAGGAUAGAGUACGAUGUAUUUAUUCUAGUUUAGCUGAAUAAGACAGUACUGUUUUGAAAUGUAGAUAUAAGAAUUCAAAUAGGAAUAAGUAAUUGUUUGUGUACGAAUAUCAAAUAAAUGUUGAAACAAUGCCUUUUUU